AAAAAGUUUUCCCAAUUAAGAAAUCGUUUAUUAAAUAUAUUAUUGAUAAAACUUUAAAUAUUUGUUAAGUCAUGUUAGCGCUAAAUUUGUUGAAACUCUACGCUUUGCUACUUGUUUUGAUAGUAGGCUUGCAGCAAAAUACUGCCCAGCGCACGGUUUGUGGUCCAGCAUUGGAUGCGGUGCUUAGCACUCUUUGCGUGCACGGCUUUAACACGAAAUUCAAGAGGUCAAUGGAUUUGGAUGAACAUAACGGUAAUGAGCUGGUAGAAGAACUGCCCUUCCCCUAUGCAAAUUCGCCAUUCUUAGGCAAGAUACACGGUGGCUAUGUUGAUACGUUGGCCAAAACACGUCGCCGUCGUGACGGUGUCUAUGAUGAAUGUUGCAACAAGGGAUGCACCUAUAACGAAAUCUUAUCGUACUGCAAUCGAUAUGAAGAUUUGAUUCGCGGCCUUUAGGCUAUUAAAAUUAUAAAUAUGAAAGGAAUUAAACAAAAGGAUGAACUAAUAGUGGAUUAUUAGUAUAAUAUUAUUGUGUUAUGCACAUACAAGUGUAUAACAUUUUAUAAUUCAAAAUUGAG